AUGCCCUUCAAAAGCGGGUCGUUCGCGACCUUCCUGAUCGUCUGCCCAACAUGCUUCUUCCUCGGAAUCAUCUUCUCCCUCUUCCCCUACGAUUACCCAAUCCUGUGGUCCACAACAACCACCCCAGCAUCCCACUAUGAUUACCUUGAAGCGCACCUCCAGUUCCUCCACAACAGCCCGCCCCUGAUCCCCCGCAUUCUCCACAUCGUCAUCUUCCUCGGUCUAGCAGGUCUCAUCACCAAGCUUUACAAGCCCUCCGAAUCAAACAUGCUCUUCGACGGCGCCUCGCUCGUCCUCUACAUGUGCGGCGUGACCGUCUACAUCGCGAACAUCGUUAAGGGACUGCGUCUCGCGUCCGCUGGCAAGUACGGUGACGCCCUCGCUACCACCCCCGAAGAGCGCGACCAGAUUCUCGGCCGCGAGGACUCGCUGAAGGUGCUCAGUGCUAGCAACACUAUUCUGGCGCUUGUGCUUGUUGGUAUCCUGGUGCUGCAGGCUGGUCAGUGGUAUGCUGAGAAGAAGGACCAGCAGGAGUACGACUCGCUUGCUACGGAGAAGAAGGCGGGCAGUGAGGAUGAGGAAGAGGAGGAGGAGGUUGUUGUUGUUGUUGCUUCUGGGGCUGAGGUUAAGGCGGGGAAGAAGAAGAAUAAGAAGCACUAG